CCCUCAGCAGCCCACCCCCCCCUAAAUUUCUCGAUACAAUUCUCGAAACGAAUUGUGUAUUCCCAUGUGAUGCCAUUUGCUAUCGUCACUGUGACCCCUUUGCCGGCGCGCUCGCUUGCGUAUUGCGCUCAUCGCUUCCUGUCCACCUCUAUAUCCGAUUAAUCAGUGCCAUCUGGAUGACACUACUUAGCCUUACCCGAGUUCACCAUGAAUAGGUCUGCGGCCUCGCCUCGGGACUCGCAGCAGGACGGCUCGCCCUCGACUCAAUCUAUCCCUCUACAGGACCUCGCGAGACAGCAAGACCAACACGAUGCCCAGCCACAAGGUGGGGGGGAUCACAGGAGUUCCCUCGCGGAUCGCAACCUGCCCGUUAUCUCGACGUACUGGGACGGUUUCCAGAACCAGCAGCACCAGCACCCUCACCACAACGAUGCCGAGCCGAGUCCCAAUUCCCCGAUAGACGCCGCUGCUCUGCAGUUCGCUCUGCCUCCCGACAUCACCCCUCCUUCCGCGGCCUUUCCACAGCCGACGCCGUCCGCCCCGCAUCCUUACUCUUACCACACGCCAUACUACGACGAGACGGCGCACGUCGACUACUUCGAAUCCGACAGCUCUCCCUUGACAUCUGCUGCGCAACCUAUAUCUGGUGCCCUAGCCACCCCGCAAGAAGAGGCGCAACCGAGAGACAGUUUCCAGACUGUCUCGGAUAUAGACAAUUCCCGCCCGCGCGAACGGUCUGCUCAGAUGCUCGGGUUCGAUUUAGAAACCGGUUUCGGGCCGGGCAAGCACCGAAGCUAUGGGGAUUCUCUCGCGCCGACUGACAAUCGGUCUUCGCGGGCGCCGAGUACUGCCGGUGCUCUGUACAGAGCUGGGUCCAUUGUUAGGGCUAUGUCUCAGCGUGUUGUCAACAUCAGCAACGAAGGGAAUCCCGAUUCUUUCGAGCAGCAGCAGAGACGGCAGAGAUCGAGAUCCAGGUCGCCGAGCGCUGACGGCCGCGUGUCGCCAAGUCACCUCUCCACCCAGAUUGGGGUCGAUACCUCGUAUCCUUCCUUGGUCUACCCGUCGUCGACCGAAAAGAAGGGCGACGCCGAAUUCACCUACGCGGAGACUGCUUUGCCUGCCCGUCGCGUAGGGCCGAUGCCGAAUCCCCUAAAAGGCCGCUCUCUGGGUGUAUUCGGGCCCGACAAUGUUAUCAGGAGGAGGCUUUGUGACGUGCUCGUCCACCCGUUUACGGAGCCCUUUCUGCUCCUCCUGAUUGUGCUUCAGGCUGUCUUGCUCGCCGUUGAGGCUGCGAACAACGUCUAUCUCCCCGGAAACGAACGACCGCCGUUCUGGGAUAGCUCUUCAGGGAUAAACUGGGCCCUCUUGUCCCUCUUCAUAAUCUUCUCCCUCGAAACUGUCGCUCGGAUAAUCGUCUCCGGAUUCAUAUUGAACGCUGCGGAAUACAGCACCAUUGAUCGAAAAAAAGGCAUCCGUGCUGUUAUCUCGGAUCGAUACGAUGCUGUCUUCCGGCCCCAACGCCAGAAAUCCGUCAAGGCCCCUCAGAAGCCGGCUUUCGGACCUUCGACAUUUGCUCGUUCCUUUACCAUGAUGCAUGGCAGCGUGCCCGAGACGAUAGAAGAGCAGCAGAGGAUGCAGCUCGCACGUCGAGCCUUUUUGCGACAUGGAUUCAACAGGUUGGACUUCAUCGCGGUCGUGUCUUUUUGGAUCGCCUUCGUUCUCAGUGUAACUGGCCUUGAAAUGAAAUACCACAUCUUCGUCUUCCGAAUGCUUAGUUGUCUUCGAAUCGUUCGCCUUCUGGCCCUUACCAACGGAACGGCGAUCAUACUACGAAGUCUCAAAAAGGCCGCGCCACUGCUCGUUCGUGUGUCUUUCCUCAUAGGAUUCUUUUGGCUCCUCUUCGCCAUCAUCGGCGUCCAGAGCUUCAAGUCGAGCCUGAGCCGCUCGUGUGUAUGGCGUGAUCCAUCCCAGCCCGAUAAUUUCUCUGCUACCUACAGAAACGAGAUGCAAUUCUGCGGCGGGUAUCUCAACGAAAACGGCCAGGAGAUGCCCUGGGUUAGAAGCUCAUUCCCGAAUUCCCUGCUCGAUCUAUCCAAUGGGUCGUCGUCUGCCAAGGGUUACAUUUGCCCCCGGAAUUCCAUCUGCCUAGAACAAUCGAGUCCGUAUAAUGGCACCGUCAGUUUCGACAAUAUCAUCAGCUCGCUGGAGUUGGUCUUCGUGAUUAUGAGCGCCAACACUUGGUCCGACCUCAUGUAUUACACGACCUAUUCGGAUUUCCUUCCCGCUGCCCUGUUUUUCGGUGCCGGUAUCAUGAUCAUGAUGCUAUGGCUGACUAACCUGCUUAUUGCCGUCAUCACUUCCUCUUUUCAAGUCAUCCGAGAGGAAAGUAAGGCCAGCGCUUUCACGGCGGAUAAGGACUUCCAGAUCCCCGGCACUCAAGAAGAGGGAUCGCAGCGGGUAUCAUUACUGCAGAAACUGUACAACGCAACCUGGAUAUUUUGGGUGCUAAUCAUUGCGUACGAACUCUCCUGCCAAGCUUGGCGAAGCUCGGAAAUGUCGGUGAAACGGGCCAGAUUCAUCAACAUAAACAGUGUUGUAGUCACGAUCUUGUUGGAUAUAGAAAUCGCCAUCAGGUUUGCAGCGAACUGGAAGGCCUUCCACCGAAACGCCCGAAACAUGUUCGAUCUUUUCCUCGCAGUCGCAAACACGAUCAUCAUUCUGCCUCCGAUCUUUAACAGCGGCCAAGUGUACGCGUGGUUAACGCUGUUCCAGAUUUUGAGGUCCUAUCGCGUGGUGUUGGCCAUACCGAUCACGGGGAAGCUGAUCGUGCUUGUCCUCGGAAAUGCCUCUGGUAUCGUGAAUCUUAUCGCCUUCGUGUUCUUGAUCACCUUUAUCGUGGCCAUUCUGGCAGUACAGCUCUUCCGAGGCGAGUUGCCGCUGGUUGACGACAGCGGAGAGCUGGUUAAGAUUUCAUUCUACAACGUCUUCAAUUCGUUCCUCGGCAUGUACCAGAUAUUGUCCAGCGAAGGCUGGACGAGUAUCCUAUACGAUGUGACGUCAUAUACCGAGAUUUGGAAGACGUCCUGGUACGGCGCGAUAUUCCUUAUCUCCUGGUUUAUCAUGUCGUACUUUAUUCUCGUCAACAUGUUCAUUGCUGUCAUCCAAGAAAACUUCGAUGUGUCAGAGGACGAAAAACGACUGGAGCAAGUCAAAGCCUUUCUUCAGCGCAAGGAACUGGGCAGCAACGCGAGCAGUAACAUUACACUCUCCGACAUUUUCUCCUUUGGGCGGUCUAAAAGGAGAGAUCCACUGGACUACGGCCCGGCAACGAUGGAAAUGCUGUUGAAGGAUGCGGUUGUGCGGGAAUUUCUCGACGAUACGAUGGAACAGUUGAACCAAGAUGCUGUCGACGGUUCGUCGCCUCGAGAUGAUGCACUGCGCGGUGAUGUCCGGCCCGGGUUUUUCUCCUCCGUAUGGAGUAGAAUCCGAGGCUUAUUCACAAGCCGGGAGCCGAAUCCGUUUUACUCCAACAUACGCUUCGAUGGACCUAACGAUACUCUCGACGCUCGACAAAUGGCUCGUCAGGCUGUAUCUGCGACCGCGGAACGCCGCAAAGCCCAGCGGGAAUACCUCGCCCGCCACCCUACCUACAACAACUCCCUCUAUAUUUUCACGCCCAAGAACCCUAUCCGACGUCUCUGUCAGCGGCUUGUCGGGCCAGGAAGGGGCAACGAGAGAUUCGAGGGUGUAGAGCCAAAUAAGAUUGCUUGGUAUGCAUUCACAGUAUUUAUAUAUGCGGCCAUCAUCGCCAUGGUGAUUCUAGCCUGCAUCACCACUCCCCUAUACCAGAAGGAAUACCUCGAAGCGCACAAUGCGGAAAAUCGGUAUACCAGCUGGUUUGUCUGGGUCGACCUCGGUUUCGCGAUACUCUUCACUGUGGAGGCAGCGAUCAAGAUUAUCGCGGAUGGUUGGUUCUUCACGCCGAAUGCCUACUAUAGAAGCUCGUGGGGCAUCAUAGAUGGCGUGGUUCUCAUCACCCUCUGGAUCAACGUGAUCACGCUCCUCGCCAGCGACGGAACCGUCUCUAGGGUCAUCGGUGCCUUCAAGGCGCUUAGGGCUCUCCGUCUACUCAAUAUCAGCAACAGCGCAAGGGACACUUUCCAUUCCCUAAUCAUAGUGGCGGGGUGGAAGAUUAUCAGCGCUGCUCUGGUCUCGUUGUCGUUACUCAUCCCAUUCGCCAUUUACGCCGUGAACUUAUUCCAUGGCCAAUUCUUACAGUGUAACGACGGCGACCUCACCAGCCUUGUCGACUGCUUCGGCGAGUAUGAGAGCUCGCCCUCGAACCCAGAUUGGCCGCUGCUAGCCCCGCGUGUCGCAAGCAACCCCUACUUCAAUUUCGACGACUUCGCUUCCUCGUUAUUCAUUCUCUUCCAGAUUGUCUCUCAGGAGGGCUGGACCGAUGUGUCGUUCGCCGCACAAGCGAUCACUGGUCGUGGCAGCCAGCCCGAGGACAUGGCUGCCCAAGGCAAUGCCAUGUUUUUUGUGGUAUUCAACCUACUUGCUACGGUUUUCGUGCUGACCCUAUUCAUCUCCGUCUUCAUGCGAAACUACACAGAACAGACCGGGGUUGCCUUCCUUACAGCAGAGCAGAGAUCCUGGCUUGAGUUGCGGAAGCUUUUACGCCAGAUUUCGCCGUCGAGGAGUUCGUACGAUGACUCGGAAAAUAAGUGGAAGAAGUGGUGCCACAAGCGAGCGAUCGAGAAGCGAGGCAGAUGGUAUACCGGGAUAACGGCUGUGCUUGUCCUUCACCUAAUUCUCCUAAUGUUGGAGUAUUACCCCGAGCCAGUCGAGUGGUCCAUGACGAGAGAUAUCAUCUUCCUACUCUUCACGCUUAUCUAUGUCGCCAACGUCACCAUUCGCAUUGUCGGCCUGGGCUGGAAGCGCUUCAGGAGAAGCACCUGGGACGUCUUCUCGUUGGUAUCCGUCUGCGGCGCUCUAGUCACUUCGGUGGCAAUCAUCACGAUGCAGCAGAACCAGACACUAGCCCAGCUCCAUAAAUAUUUCCUCGUCAGCAUCGUCCUCCUCCUCAUUCCGAGAAAUGACGCGCUAGACCAACUUUUCAAAACGGCAGCAGCAAGUCUGACAACAAUUAUUAACCUGCUCGCUACCUGGCUGGUGUUUUUUCUCAUGUUCGCUGUCGCGCUGACGCAGACCUUCAGCCUGACUCGCUUCGGGGAAAGCGAGAAUGUCAAUAUUAAUUUCAGGACGGUCCCGAAUGCGCUGCUGCUUCUCUUUCGGAUGAGUGUGGGCGAGGGCUGGAACCAGAUCAUGGAAGACUACGCAAACAUUGAGCCGCCACUCUGCGUUGAGGACCCGGAUUUUUUUAACAGCGACUGCGGCAGUACUAACUGGGCUAGAUUCCUGUUUAUUGCUUGGAACCUCGUCAGCAUGUACAUCUUCGUCAACCUCUUCAUCUCGCUCAUUUACGAGAGUUUCAGUUACGUGUACCAGCGCUCGAGCGGAAUGGCACACAUCGAUCGGGACGAGAUACGGAGAUUCAAAGAGGCGUGGCGCAGCGUCGACCCGAACGGAUCGGGCUACAUCAGCAAGGAUGCGUUCCCAAGGCUAUUGGGCGAACUAUCCGGCGUCUUCGAGAUGCGGAUUUAUGAUUCGGAAGACUCGAUCCGUCAGAUCUUGGAGGACAUCCGAAACGAUGAGACGCCCACCAGACACGCCUCGACCGCUUCUGCAAGCGGCCUAGGCGGAGUGAACAUCCGAAGACUGAACGAUAGACUGGCCCAAAUCGACGUGCGGAAAGUCCGAGAACGACGCCGCCGGUUCAACAUUUUCUACGAGGAGGUGAUGGUCUCGGCCGACCCCGUCCAGGGUAUCUCUUUCACCAUGGUGCUCAUGAUAAUGGCUCACUACAACAUUAUCAGCGACAGUAAGAGCUUGAGACUUGAGGAAUUCCUACGGCGUCGUGCGCGCCUACAACGAGUAGAGGAAGAAGUUCGCCGGAGGGUCGUCGUCGGCUUCUUCGACACUGUGUACUGGUCCCGGCAAUUCAAGAGGCACUUGGAGAAGAAGCGAUCAGCACGGAUGACGGCGAUCCCGCAGCUGGACGUGCCGGAUAUCUUCGUAGACGACGAGGAUGACCGUCAGCGGGCGGCGCAACAGCGCACGACAAUGGCAGCCCCGCCUGCUAUCACCACUUCGUCGGAUCUCCUCGCCGUAGCCGACGCGGCACGGCCGCAACACCGAAGCUGGUCUUCGAGCGCCGACAUAUCGACGUACGACUCCUCCAACAGGCAUCCCUUGAGCCUGCCGCGGGCGACGCCCUCGAUGCCCGGGCAUCAUUCUCGCAAUUCGGCCCUGAGCUUUGAGCUGCAGGAGUCCGGUCCACCUUCGGGCGAAAACAGCAGGCGUGGUAGCUCGGUGAGUCCGGCCCAGGUGCGAGAAUUACUCGACGACUCCGUGUGGGUGGAAAGCAUCCGGCGAAGCGCGACCAUACGAAGAUCGGUGCGGCGGCCGGGGCCUAGAUGAGGCGGCAAGGGAGGAGAAGAGAGAUCGAGGUGACGUAAGCUCCGUUACCACCGCCGCUAUCACCAUCACCACUACUACAUGCGCCACAUGAUAAGAAGGGUAGCUAUAGACUAGACUAGCGUAACGACGGCUUAAGAUAAUCGAGAAUAUAUCUGUGUACAGGGCAUCCCAUAUGCCGAACGCCGCGGGGAAGGGGAGGGGGUAAGGUUUUCCGGGCAACGUGUAUGAAAAAAAAGAAAGGGGGGCGGAAUUGAUUUGCGGCAAACGGCUUGGGACGAUAUCAGCAGGCGUUCUCGGCACUGGCGGGGCAGAGUUGGGUGGGAUUCGGCAUCAAACACCACGACAGAAUCGGCAGGGUCUCGGUCUCCUCUAGUUCCCUUAGGCGUGUAGGGUGCAGGUAUCCUGGGGCAUC